AUGCCUUCCAAUAAAGGCUUGAUCUUCAAAAAGGUUCCCCAGGGCCUCCCAGUUCCUGGACAAGACCUGGCAAUUGAGCCUGUCGCCGAAAUUGCCAUCGAUAGUCCUCCUGAGCACGGGCUCCUCAUCAAGUCUCUUUUCGCAAGUUUUGAUCCCUACAUGCGUGGCCGCAUGCGCCCAGUCGAACACAAAUCCUACACUCCCGCUUAUCAUCUCAACACCCCAAUUGAUAGCUUCGUUAUUGGCCAAGUUAUACAGUCCGACAACCCCGCAUACCAAACCGGCCAGCUCAUCAUCGGCCAACUCCCCAUCCAAGAGUAUGUUGCCAUAGAUGAGAUAUCUAUUGAACGGGUCAAGCCUCUGAAGAAUCCUCUCGGAUUACCAGACGUCCGCGUGUUCCUUGGUCCCCUUGGGAUGCCAGGGCUAACAGCCUACUCUUCGUUUUAUGAGAUUGGAAAACCCAAAAAGGGCGAUACCAUUUUCAUCUCCGCUGCCAGUGGCGCCGUUGGGCAGAUCGUGGCGCAGCUGGCGAAGCGGGAGGGUCUCCGAGUGAUUGGAAGUGUUGGCUCCGACGACAAGCUUAACUAUAUCAUUGACAAGCUCGGUUUCGACGGGGGGUUCAAUUACAAAUGCGAAAGGCCACGGGAUGCCCUGGCGCGGCUGGCACCCGAGGGUCUGGAUAUCUACUACGACGACGUUGGAGGCGAACAUCUCGAGGCGGCACUUGAUGCCCUGAACAACUUUGGCCGCAUCGUUGCCUGUGGCAUGAUAUCUGACUUUAGCGGUCCGCCAUACCCUGUCAAGAAUCUGCACAAUGUCAUCACGAAGCGCCUUGCAAUGAGGGGCUUCAUUGUCUCGGAUCAGGAGUUUGGUCCGGCGUACUCUGCCGAGCACCAGAAUAAGAUGCAGCAAUGGAUCAUGGAAGGGUCCAUCCAAUGUCUUUUUCAUGAGACGGUGGGGAUUGAGCAUGCUGUUGAGGGGUUGGUUGGAAUUUUUCAGGGGAAGAAUAAAGGCAAGGCUCUGCUGAGGUUUUAG